AUGAGCACUCCGGCUGAAGAGACUUUUGUCGACGCCGCCAAAGACCUGGAUGACACCUGUACGCCGACCGGCAAGGCGCUGACUCAGUUCCUACGGAAGAAAAGAAAUGGAGCUAAGCUUAUGGAUAUAUUAAUGCAUUUGAAGCGGGAGUUCCACAAUACCAGUAUAGCUCCACUUAUUACGUGUAACGUGGCCAGAUGUAUAGAGGCUGGAACGAAUUAUGGGUUUUUAGAGAGGAAAGGUUCGCGGUUUUGUGUGAGCAGGAAUACUAGGCCAAGAGAUGAGGAUGAAAUGAGUGCUCGUAGAGCAGAGGAGCAGAAGGAGCCGGAAGAUGUGCAAUCGCAGCCGUCUGACAGAUGCCGCCGACGCCGACGCCGGCGCCGACGCCGACGCCGCGGACGCCGCCGACGCCGCCGCCGCUCCUGUCGGUGUCCGCGCCGCUGA